AUGCCAUGUAAUUGGCAGGAAAUAUGUCCUUGUUGCCAAAAAGCACUUCACUACAGAACAGUAAGACAACACCUCAAGAAAACAGGCACUAGACAACCUGAAAGGGCAAGUCAGAGAAACUUGGAUAAUGGCAACCCAUGUAACUCAAACAUUGACCUUUCUACCAUAAUCUCACAACUGGAUGAACUGGAUGUUGGGGCAGACAAGGGUGCCAACAGAGGUGCCUUUUUAGAUUCAGUCAACCUGGCUUGGAAUGACAAUGUCAGAUCCAGAGGAGUUUCAAACCCCCAUGAGAUUUUGAAUAACCCUGCUCCAAUUUGCCAAAACCCACCGGUUACAAUUGAAGACUGGCCUGAGCCAGGGGAUGAAGACCCCAACAACUCUGAAAUUGACCAAGCUAUUCCAGAGGACUCUCCCAACCAAGGUCCCAAUUUUGUUGAACAAUGCAAGCCUCAAAACCUUGACCCUGAUUUUGAAGGGGAAUUCACUGACCAGGAACUAUGCAAUCUGAUGGAAUUGAAUGGAACUUUUGACAAAGGGGAAUGA